UGCUUUUUGAAUUCAUUUAUCUUGCUGCUUGAAACCAGGCCUUAACUUCUAGAAAUCCUAAAGGCGCACAGGAUAGGUAUUCAUAGUGUAAUAUUAACAUUCUAGAGAGAUUUUGAACAAAUUGUCUCUAUAGUAAUAAUGAUUAACAAACUUUCAUUUUGUUUAAUGAGGAUAAGUUAAGUUAUUUGGCGUUAUUAAAUAAAAUACUUAAGUUUGUUUUGCAAAAUGACACUUUGGAGAAAUUGGGGCCUUGUAAACAUCUCUAUGCUAAAUAGUUGUAAGAACAUGGCAAUUCGAAUCGGGAUGGUUAUUUUGAUAGUUAUUAACUACAAAGCGAGUGCUACAGCAGUGAGGGGUAACAAUUUCAUCAUGUACGACAUGUGCAUGGACAGUGUAAACUAUGGCUCCGUGUUCCACACUGCUGACAAGAUAGACAGCGUGUUGGUUUGCGCGGUGCAGUGCGGGUCUAAGGACUGCCUCUCAUUCACUUACGACAACCAGACAAAGAAUUGUUCUCUAAACACAGAUGUAUCCAAGGUGGUUGAAGUGUGCUCCUUUAACAUCAAAUAUGUUGAGAAGUAUGUACCGGCUAGCUGCACGACUGGCAUUAACAAUGUUCGACUGUGCAACACGGACGGGAAAAUGUCUGGUAGGGUGGAGGUUUUUGUGGACGGAGAAUGGGGCACAGUUUGCGACGACUCUUGGGACAACCUUGACGCAACAGUCGUCUGCAAGAUGCUCGGAUAUAACACUGGUGUGGUCCGCUUAGAAGCUUUUUUCGGCCAGGGAAACGGCAGUAUCCUGCUUGAUGACGUUGACUGUGGGGGAUUCGAGGACUCAAUCUUUCAAUGUCCCCACCCCGGGAUCGGCAUUCAGAACUGCCAACAUAGUGAAGAUGCAGGUGUCGAGUGUAGCUAAAACUGACCUGUCGAAAUGUUGAUUACAGAGUUCGAAGAUAAUAAUCAAUUAUUACAUUUCGGUCAGCGAACAUUGGCUCUGAACAUACUUUAUUUUGUUAUUGAUGUACUCGACGCAUGUUAAAGCUGCAUUCUCACAGAUUUACCAUUUUGAAACUUUUUUAUUUUUUUGUCUUAGAAAGGGCAAAUUUUUGCGUAAGUAUCUGCAAACCAAUGAUAUAAGACUGCCAUUACUAUCUGUUUGAGAAAAAUGCAUAAAACAUCAUUUUUUGAACUUUGAAAUAUAAAAAUAACCGAUCUAUUUUUGUCAGUUGGCUUAUAUAACUGGUUUGCAAAAAAAAUGGCUCGUUCCAAGACAAAAAAAAUAAAGAUGUUGUCUAAACGUUGAUGGUAUUGGGUAAAAGAGUUGGUCACAAGGUCGAAUAUUACAAUGAAAAAAUAUUUUAACACUCUCAUUUUUGAACUUAAAUAUAAACAUCUGCGAUCUUAUUUUUGUCAGGAGUCUUAUAUAAUUGUUUUCCAUGAAUUUUCGCAAAAGUUGGCUCGUUCAAAGACAAAAAAUAUAAAAGUUGUCAAAAUGUUCAAUUUGUGAGAGUGCAGCUUUAAAGUGGUGAUGCAGCUUUUAAAAUAGUUUACAGUUUUAUCUUGUUUACUUGUACAAUACAUUAGUUAACCUUAUCUUUUGUCCGAGGAGAUGGCUAUAUACUUUUGUCUAUACAUUUAUUUCAGUAAAUUAGUAGUCAGUCGUUAUUAAUUCUAAUCGGGUGAAUCGGUAAAUAUAAAACAGUGCCAAGUUAGUGGGUAGUUUACUUAUGUAUAUGUAGACCACUUAAAAUUUAAAGAUAGAUAGUAUACGUACUUGCAAGAAAUAAAUGGUUUUGUGGCUGCGACGCAUCAACCCCGGAAGAGCGCGAAGCAUCUGAUAAAACAAAUAUCCGACAAUUGUAGUGGUUUAUCGUUGAUUUCUGUUUGAUGUUAAACAUAGUCUGCUCGAUAUUAAUGAGUACGGUGUUUUUGUUUAUUAUUAAGACUAUUCAACAACUAUAUUAUUUCAAUGCCUCAUGAAUACAAUGCAUCGCCAUAGGCCACCAUUUUAUGCCAUGAGGCUGC